AUGAUUUCAGAAUCUUAAGGAAUUCAUUAAUCAUUAAAUCGAAAAACAACAAAAAUUGAAUUUUUAUCAUAAGAAAAUUAAUAACUUCGUGAAUAAGUACAAGAACUAUAAAACAUUAUUAAAUUAAAUAAAGAAGCAUUACGUAUAGUGAUGUAACCAUCAGAUAAUAUAUCAAAAUAAUAAUAAGGAAACCCUGAUCAUAAUAAUUAUAAAGCCUUAAAUUUAGUUUUACAUUCAUUAUAUGAAGAAAAUGCAUAAUUAAUAUAAAUAAAUGAAAAAAUUUCUCAAGAAAGAAAUAUUGCAUAAAGUCGAGCUUUAAUAAAUGAAUAAAUAUCCGAAGCCUCUUAAAAGCAUGAACGAGAAUUAAUUCAAGAUUUAGAAUAAAAAGUAAGUAACUUAACAAAAAAGUUAAAAGAAUAAGAAAAAGUAAUAUAUUAAUACGAAAAAACAAUACCAAGUUAUGACGAAAUGAGUGGAAUCGUUAUAAAAUAUAGAGAUAUAAUUAAUUUAAAUGAUUAAACAUUUAGAAUGCACGAUGAAAAUGAAAAACUAAACAUUUUAAUAUAAAAAUAAAUAAAAGAAAUAAACGAAUUAAGAAAUUCUAAACAAGAAUUAGCAAAAAUUAAUAUGGUUUAAUAAAAAAACUAAUAAAAAACAAAAAAAACAUACAAAAAAAAGCAAAUGUCAAACGAAAUUUUACUAUUUUUUUUUUUUUUUUUUUAUAAUUUUUGUUGUUAAUAAAAAAAAGUUCAUAAAAAAUUAAUGAAUUAAAACAGUGAAGAAGAAGAUGAUUUUGAAGACGAAAUGCCAAAUUUACCUGAAAAAGUUUAAACAAUAAAUACAGAUGCGGGUAAACUAGGUUUAAAUAUACCAAAAUUAGACUUAGCAAAAGCCUUAAAAAUACAAGAAAUAAAUGCUAAAAAAUCGACUAUGUAAUAAUUGCAAUUAUAAUAAGGUUCUGAUAUAGGUGCAAUAAUGGAAUAAUAUAGAAAAAAUGAUGCAGAAUUAAUAAUAGCAAAAAAAAAUCUUUAAAGAGAAAUGCUUUUAAAUAAAACAUUAUAAAUUGAAAAUGAUAAUUUAAAAAGACUUAAUAUAGAACUUGAAGCCAGAAAUGAAAUUUUUGUUUAUUCUCAUAAUAUGUAUGAGGAAAAAUGGCAAAAAAUAUAUACUGCAUUUUAACAUUAUAGAGAAUUUUAUAGAAAAUAUCAUUAAAAUAUAGCAAUAUCAUCAAAAUCAAAUACAAAUAAUAAUAAAAGUAUAAUCGAAAUACUAAAUACAUCUUCAAAUAAUAUCAAAUAUGCAAACUAUUAUAUGGAAAACAAUAAUAUGUCGUAAGUAAAUGGAGAUUACAUGAAAAAAGAACUAAACUCAAAAAAUUUAAUAGAAAUGAAUAAUAUAGAUGAACUUGUAUAAAUAGAUUCAGGAAACCAAAGAGAAAAUAUACAAAACUAUUUAUUAAAUUUGGCAAAAGAUGUUUAUUUGAUUUUCGAUAAAGUAAAUAUAACUAACUAUAUGUAUUAUUAAUUUAAUAUUUUUUAAUAUAUUAGUAAACCAUUAAUAAAAUAAAAAAUAAACCUGAAUAUAGUUUAAAACGAUCUUUAAGUAAUCCUUUAGAUUAUAUGA